AUCAAUAAAUAAACAUAAAACAUCGUUCACCAAACGAAGCGCUUCAUGAGUGCUACCAUGGUGCUACCUUAAACCUUCUUGAUGUCGUACCGCUUAUAUAAGUACUUGUAAUUGUACUGCAUUUUGCUUGUGUAGUCGUUGAUGGUGUAGUGUAUACACAUCAAAACAAAAAGUCAAAAACCCAAAACAACACUGGAAAAAAACAUUUAGAAAUACUUAUUGGAACCUUUUGGAUUGGAAAUCAUAAAGUCAAAAACGAAUUACAUCAAAAUGCAUCUUUCCCUAGGCAUAUAAACAAUGAAUGACACAUUUGAAAAUAUUAGUUUUGAAUUUGAGAAGGAUUUGAUUCCUACCUCCAAGUCAUCUGGUACUACUGGCCCAUGUAACAUACUCCAAAAGGAAAAUGAUAAACAAGCAAAAAUCUCCUCACAUCAUCUGCUUGUUAAUCCUAAGCAAAGAGGAAAUCCGAUAUUAAAAGCAAUAAGAAAUGUCCCUUGGGAGUUUGAAGAAAUAGUCCCUGAUUAUCAAAUGGGUACAGGGGUGUGUGCCUUAUUUUUAUCGCUAAGGUAUCACAAUCUACAUCCCGAUUACAUUCACAAUCGGUUGAAGUUGCUGGGAAAAAAUUAUGAACUACGUGUUUUACUUGUGCAGAUUGAUGUAAAAGAUCCACAUCACCUCUUAAAAAAUUUAACUCGUAUUUGCAUCUUGGCGGAUAUGACUUUAAUAUUAGCUUGGAGUCCAGAAGAAGCUGGUAGGAUAAUUGAAACUUAUAAAAUCUAUGAAAAUAAGCCAGCAGAUACAAUAAUGACGAGAAGUGAAACAUCACCCAAUUUACAAUUAGUACAAUUAUUAAGUUCCGUAAAACCAAUUAAUAAAACGGAUGCUAUGACUUUAUUGGUGCGUUUCAAAACUCUAAAGGGUAUUAUAUCCGCAUCUGAAUAUCAACUCUCGGAAUGUCCAGGUAUUGGACUUCGAAAAGCUCGGAAACUGUAUUCUAUAUUGCAUGAAAAUUUUUGUAAAUAAUUGUUAUAUUUUAAAUUGCAUGUUAGUUGUAUAAGAUUUGUGUUUUCGGUAUUAUUACUAUUGUUACUUAUUAUUGCUGGCAAUCUACACCAUCACAUUUGAAACAUUUUAUAGUGUUUUUUAUUAAAAUUAAAACCAAGUUGUCUA